AUUUCAGUCGGGAGCAGUGCGAUGUGAGGACCGUGUGAGGGGGACACCCUCUUUUACUGCUUUUGGGGGACUCAAACUCUGGUACCACUUGGUCCACUUCUAAAAUUGGUUGGAUGAUAAUUUGUUGUUGAACCGUCGCUUCUUGCGUCUUUAUAUCGCAGAGUUUGUUUUGCUGACUUGCAUUUUCGGACUGGCACUUGGAUAUAAAGCGAAAGCUCAAUUUAGUUCGGAUGUGGCAAGCAAACUGCAGACGGAUGCACAAUUUAGCUGACUGGAUUUCUGGGACAGUGAUGGGAGGCUGUGUGGGGAGGAGCAGGACUGAUGGACAUGGGAGUGUCCGCACCUCCACCCGAAGCAAAAAACGUGGAGGGCGCAAUGAGCCCCUAAAGAAGGAGCGCCCAAAAUGGAAGAGUGACUACCCGAUGACUGAGGGCCAGCUCAGGAGUAAAAGAGACGAGUUUUGGGACACAGCUCCAGCCUUUGAUGGACGUAAAGAGAUCUGGGAUGCUCUGCGAGCGGCAGCGUUAGCGGCUGAGUGCAAUGACCUAGAGCUAGCACAGGCAAUAGUGGAUGGAGCCUGCAUCACUCUGCCUCACGGCUCGCUCACUGAGAGCUACGAUGAACUAGGAAACCGCUACCAACUCCCGGCCUACACUCUUGGCCCACCUGUCAACCUCAUCUCUGAAACAUCUACUGACAGCAAAGUCCCAGACAACACUCAAAAACAGGCUCAAACUCCUGUGUCAAGACAGGAAUUUCAACUACGAGUGCGCCUGUCAACGGGGAAAGAUGUGCGCCUGACGGCCAGUCUGGUUGACACUAUUGCAGAAUUAAAGAAGCAGCUUCAGGAGCAUGAAGACAUAGAUAUUUCUUGUCAGAGAUGGUUCUUCUCGGGGAAACUGCUGACGGAUAAGACUCGACUGCAAGAUGCCAAGAUCCAGAAGGACUUUGUUGUCCAAGUGAUCGUCAAUACAAAUCCACCACCUCCUGUUAUCCCCAAGUGACAAUCCCAGUGAAGAAAAGACAAAGGAAAUGCAGGGGAAAAGGUUGUAAAGCUUGAAAUUAUUCUCAGUUGGAACUGAAGUGGACUUUUGUGUAUUUUUAUAAACAGAAGUAAUGUUUUUUUUAUUGCUCCUUUUUGUAUUUUACCUUCUUCCAAUAACAAUUUGACGGAUAAGCACUGAAUCACUUUAGAUUAUGUUAGAAAACUAGGAUGCACAUACCAUUGUCUGCCUGCUUCUUCUUCUGUAACUGUCUGUGGACUUCAUACAUUUUUCCUCUACUGUUUACAUGUCCCUCUCUGUAGUGUAAGUUGUGUAUGCUCUGUCUGGGGUCAAACUGUAGACUGUAUAUACCUGAUGUAAUUGAUCCACCCCUUUUGAUAUGGCUCUGCGCCGUGUUCUGGGUGUUUUGGUAAAGAUGUCAGAGGUACAGUCCCGCUUCAGGAGGUUUACUGUUUCAAAAAUACAAAUGGCACAAACUGCUGUGAGUAUGAAGGGUCCAACAUGUAUCCUCUCAGAGAAAGUUGUACAGCUCUCUUAUAUUCUAAAUAUACAUUAAAAUAAAUUACAUUUCAAAUAAAAAAAACAUUCCAGAAUAUGAACAUUUCACGUGAAUAAACAUUCUAUACUUAAACUGAUCUGCACCUAACUGAUUCAUUUCUCCAUAUAUUUACUGUUGUUAGAUUAUUGUACCUGUUUCAAAAAUACAAAUGGCACAAACUGCUUUGAGUUUGAACGGUCCAACAUGUGUCCUCUGGCAAAUAAUAAUACACACAAUAAAAGUCAGCUAGUAACAAAGUACCUUGAUUUAAAAAAGCAAAAGUGAGUUUCACUACAAAUAUACUUAGAUCCAGACAAAAAAUUAACUAUUUUGUCUGGACCCAAUAUUAGUGAGUCAGCAAAACAAACUCUCACAGUAUCACAC